CUAAUCGAGUUGGGGUUCUCGGAUACAGAUUUAUACUUUACACUUCUCCACACUAAGUCGAGACGACAAUGGAGUUAGAAGGCUCAGUCCAGACAACAAUGGAGUGGAGGAUCGAUGACGAGGAAUACCUGCGCAUCCUACCCAGGUACUUCGCGAUCACAGAAGAGACGAAGAAAGCGGCAGAACGGAGCAUCAUCACAGACGAAGACCCUUCCAAGUACUUCGCCCACUUCCUGGCAUGGUUGGUCGAUCCCCUAAAGGCGACAAGGCCGAACGAAGUGCUCCUUCGCAGCAUUAGGCAUGAGAUAGAAAAGUUUGAAGACGAGUACACCAGUAUCCGUGGGCUUUCUGAUAUCGAGCUCUUCUACCAUGUCAAAGCUCUCAGAAGCCUGCACCAUGUUGGACUUCAGAUCAGAUCCGCCCCUGGAGGUACUUUCAAAGCCAUGAAGAUAGGGGUUGAAAGGGCAAGGGAUAUGGGUGGGUUUCUAACCAACUGCAUCAUCGUGGAAAAUGCAUGUAAAGCUCGACAAUACGUGGAUAUUGGGCUUCGACUUGAUGUUGAAGAUAUCGAAGGUUAUCCGAUGACCGUGGAGGAGGCCGUCAAGUACUAUUCCCCACUUUUGGGUCUCGUAGCACCGACAACAAGGAAUAAUGCAUUCAAGAGCAAUAAACUCGAGAGGCUUGACCGAGAGCUCGAUACAGAAUGGAUAUGGCUUUCUCGUCGUGAAGCUUUCAGGUCCGAAGUGUUGGAGAGAGCUCGGGGGACGGUCAUUGACAGCGUUCUAGGAGAGCUGGACACUGAACAAAGCCAGUAUUCUCGGGACGUGCUCAAGAAACGAGUCCAAAUAGCUUAUGAUUAGGGGAGGCAUGGAUAUAGAAACGUAUUGACACCACAAAGCUCCGUCAACG